AUGGAGUUCAUAGAGACAUUUCCAUAUGUCAUCAGAUAUAAGCAAGGUAAUGAAAACGUAGUUACAGAUGCAUUGUCGCAAUGGUACGUGCAUCUUAACUCUUUAAGUGCGAAAUUACUUGAUUUUGAGUAUAUUAAGAGCAUGUAUGAAAAUGACAUUGAUUUCUCAAAAAUUUAUAAUUCAUGUGCUAAAAUGGCUGUUGAUAAAUUUUAUAGACAUGAAGAAUAUUUGUUUAGGGAGAAUAAGCUGUGCAUUCCAAAUUGUUCUACACGUGAAUUAUUGGCUAAAUCAAAAGUUUUACCUCAUGGCUUGGAUAUACCUUUACGUGUACCUAGUGAACCUUGA